AUGGCGUCACCACAGCCUACUAUCAACGAGCUCGCAGCCCAGAUUGGCCAGCUCUCAGCCGACUUCACCAAGUUCCUGGGCGACAACAAGAUCCCCGAGCCUACUCUUGCCGCGGAUAGUGUGCGAAGCUACAGUGGUCUGACGUCAGAGGCUUUCUUGCUUCGACAGAGGUUGAUUGAUACUCUAAAGGACUUGUCGUAUCUGGUCGAGGGUCCUAGUGAGAGUGUUUUCAACUUUGCCCAUAACUAUGGCCCCGACGGCGCAGCACUCAACGCCAUUAACUACUUCGACUUUUGGUCGGCCGUCCCCCUCAACGGCGACGCGUCAUACGCCGAUAUUGCCAAGCAUGUUGAUCUGCCCGAGGAGGUUGUCCACCGCCUUCUGGAGCAUGCCUAUACCCUCCGAAUCUUUGAGGAGACGGAACCAGGCAAGCCUCUCACCACUCGGGUGAGACACACUUCGCGGUCCGCGGCUGUUGCCCAAAAUGAGGGUCUCCACGGACUCGUCUUCAACAUCAUGAACGAUGCGGGCCCGCCGAUGGUGUUCCUUCCUUACGCGCUGGACAAGUACCAGCGCGGUAAGAAAGAGCUCAAGGAAGAUAUGAGCGAGACUGCCUUUGGCAUGUGGCAGAGAGGCGAGUUCUCCAAGGGCUACAAGACCUCCUGGGAGAUGAUGGAGGAGGACGGCGAGGGCGAAAAGAAGGGAUACCGCAUGAGGACAUUCGUCAAGUGGAUGAACUACAUCAAAGAGAUCUUCCAGCUUGAGGGCAUGGUCAGGGGCGCGUACGACUGGGGUAACGCUGGCGACCUCAGUGUGGUUGAUCUCGGCGGUUCCGGAGGUCACGACAGUUUCGUUCUGGCCAAGACUUUCCCCAACCUCAAGAUUACGGUCCAGGAUCUGCCAGAGUGCCAGUCUUCUUUCGACAAGAACAUCCCGGAGGAGCUGAAGGGCCGUGUGAGCUUCCAGCCCCAUAGCUUCUUCGAGCCCCAAACCCUCCAAGCGGACGUGUACAUGAUCAAGCUGAUCCUCCACGACUGGCCCGAUGCCGAGUCCAUCAAGAUCAUCCAGGGUCUUACGCCGGCAUUGCGCCCGGGCUCCAAGGUCCUUCUCAUCGACUAUGUCGGCAAGCAGGGCACCGUUGAGGAGAGCGCUGCUGUCGCUGCGUCGAUGCCUAGAUCGAUUCAACAGAUGGGCACCUCCACAGAUUUGAGAAUGAUGGGACUCUUUGGUACCAAGGAGAGACACGUUGACGCAUGGAAGGGUAUGUUCAAGAGGGCAGAUGAGAGGUUUGAGGUUACUCGGUUGGAGGCGAUCCCGUUGUCCUUCUUUGUCAUCAUCGAGGCUACAUGGCGUGGGAACUAG